AUGUUCCAAUUGUAUCCGCGGUUAAAAUGGAUCUAUCAGAAAUUGAAACUCAGCACGUGGGUCCCAUUCGCUGCGUUAAUCUCCUACACAAUAUUCGGUGGUUUUCUGUUUAAAUGUUUCGAAAUGGAAAAUGAUCAACGAAUUCGAGAGAGAUAUCGAAAUCGAACCACCUACGCUAUGAAUCAGGUCCUGGAACGAAUGUUAGAGGUACGAUGUCAUGAUCCAGAAUUACGUGUGGCCGACAAGGAUUAUCAGAUACAACACGCUAAGGAUGCGUUGAUUUGGUUCCUGGAGUACCUAAAUUUGACAGAGGUGAUAGUGGAACGAACAGGAGAUUCACCGUGGACAUGGCUCGGUUCAAUGUUCUACGCCGGUCAACUCUACACUACCAUUGGUUACGGGUACCCUACCACGAGUACAACAGCUGGACGGGUAGCUUCAAUUUUUUACAUACUCUUUGGCAUUCCAAUAUUUUUAAUAAUUCUUAAGGAUAUAGGUCGUCUUAUGUCAAAAGGAUCACGCAAACUCUAUAAGCGACUUCGUGAAUCGCGGCAAAAAGUCGCCGAGUCUAAACCGAUUAAGCUUAUCUCACAACCAUUCGCGAGUAUGUACAGAUCAAAACACACCAGUGCCAAAAAUCUUAACAUUGAAGAUGUGGAAUUAGCUCUAGAGCAACAGAACAAAGUGAACGCGAAACUACAUGCACAAAAUGCAUUUCCAAUUCCAAUCGCGUUGGCAAUGCUUUUCUUGUGGAUUCUCUUCUCGGCCGGUUUAUUCUGCCUAUGGGAACGUGAAUGGGGUUAUUUAACGUCUGUCUACUUCUUUUUCGUCUCUAUCAGUACGGUUGGCCUAGGAGAUAUUGUCUUUUUGAAUCCAGACAUGAUGAUUUUCAAUUUUCUACUGAUUCUAAUCGGUCUAGCGUUGUUAUCGAUGUGUUUCAAUUUGAUACAGACGGCUUUGGAACGACUAUUGGAUCGGUUACUUGAAGAAUACAUAGAAGAGAUUGAAAAAAUGGCUGAAAUUGUCGCUCAGGAUGAGUACAUGGAAGAAGAAGUGGGACCGUUGGAGUUUCGAAUGGCAGGUAAUCUACUCGCUUUACCAAUGAAGAAGGUCACCAAACAACGUGGAGUUCUCGCCGGAGCUAAGGAAUGGAUGGCUGGGCGAAUCGCGAACAAUAUGCUGGCGACUCGACUUGGACCCACCAUGGAUAGUGAUAGCGAGGAGGAAGAGGAACUACAACGGCUCCGGGAUCAGGAAACCCCGGCGUUGAAGAUAUCGACGGUUUCCACGCCUCGACGACGAUCCGGAAGACGUUUCUCGAGCACGUCAAGCGAUGCACUGACGAUAGCCGAAUCCGUUCGAUCCUCCCGACCACCGACAAGCCUCACGCGAUUUAAAUUCCGUUACGGACGUUCAUUGUUCGAUACGGUUCGAACAUUGGAGAAGAUGAAACCGAAUAAGGGAGAUUUUCGUUCACUGCUCUUCUCAAAAUUCAUACAAAGUGAUCGUUUAAAUCGUAUGGUGGAUGAUAGUGCGACGCCGGCGAAACGAAUGGUGGCAAGCGCUUGUCAGACCGAUGAGAUGCCGAUACGACGACGACAUCAUCAUCAUCAUCGUCGACGAGAGGAAUCCUCCUCCUACUCCUCCUCCUCCUCCUCAUCAACGUCUCGAAUGGUUUACGAUGAUGAAUCGUUGAUAUCAUCCGCGUAUUGUGACCUACGUUUCGAUUAUUCCACAGAAUUAGCUCCCAGUUCAAGACAACAUUCAAGUUUUUCCAUUUUAAAGAUGGAAGAUGAAGAACCAAUUUUACCCAGCAGCAAAUUCAAGCAACCAAUAUGGUUUACGCCGUGGAAAACUCCUCCUAAGUUAUACCUUCAACAACUCCCAUACGUCAGCGAGCUACCAUCACCGCUUAACAUCGUUUCAUCUCUGAAAAGAUAUUCAUCGCACUCCGUGCUGAGUUAUACGCCAGAAAUCCAUGCACCAAACGAGGAACUUCUCGAACAUAUUCGAUCCGUUUGUGGCCUGUUACCGUCUGAUUUCGAUUUGCGGUCCAAUUCUAGUCGAUCCACGAUGAUCGAUUCCGGUUACGAUAAAUCACAUUACGAAGAUACACAGAAACCUGAUCAAAUCCUUCCUGCCUCGCCUAGUUAA